ACCACAAGCUAUCGGCUGGUUGUGGCGCCGGCUGGCAGCCAAAGGAGCGCUGGGAAUGUUGUCGUUAGCACCGGCGGCACGGUUAAUACGACCGUCAGCACUGGCGGCGGCAGCAAUAGCUCCAACAGCGGUGGCCUUAAUGUGACCACAAUAACAACAACCAGCAGUGGGUCGCAGGCGCAAUCGUCGUCCGGUGGCCAUAGCAAUGGCACCACCUACAAAAUCGAGAUGCUCGACGACGAUAUGCAGAGUUUGGCGACGGAUGAUGAAGACGAUGAUUUGAUAAGCAGUGAGGGCAGUUUAUAUGAUGGUGAUCUUAAUACAUUAGCCAACGAUGACGUUGCCCAUCAGCUGGCGGCUGCUGGGCCAGUGGGCGUGGCAGCGGCCGCUGCCAUUGCCAGCUCAAAGAAACGCAAACGACCGCACUGCUUCGAAACGAAUCCAUCGGUCCGUAAGCGGCAACAGAAUCGUCUGCUGCGCAAAUUGCGCGGCAUCAUCUACGAGUUUACCGGUCGUGUGGGCAAGCAGGCGGUGGUGCUGGUGGCUACGCCGGGGAAACCAAAUACCAGCUAUAAGGUAUUUGGAGCCAAGCCGCUGGAGGAUGUGCUGCGCAAUCUGAAGAACAUUGUGAUGGAUGAGCUGGAAAAUGCGCUGGCGCAACAGGCGCCACCGCCGCCGCAAGAGGAUCCGUCACUGUUCGAACUGCCUGGCCUUGUUAUCGAUGGCAUACCGACGCCUGUGGAGAAGAUGACGCAGGCACAGUUGCGCGCCUUUAUACCGCUCAUGCUGAAGUAUUCAACGGGACGUGGCAAGCCCGGCUGGGGCAGGGAAUCAACACGACCGCCAUGGUGGCCCAAGGAGCUGCCAUGGGCGAAUGUGCGCAUGGAUGCCCGCUCUGAGGAUGACAAGCAGAAGAUUAGCUGGACACAUGCGCUGCGCAAGAUUGUGAUCAAUUGCUACAAAUAUCACGGACGCGAGGAUCUGUUGCCGACAUUUGCGGACGACGAAGACAAAGUCAACCAGCUUAUCUCACAGUCUGGCGACGAGGAUGAGGACAUGGAGCAGCUAUCCAACACGCCCACCAUACAAACGGUGCAAACGGUGACACCGGCAACCAAUACAAACACCAGCCAACCUCAACAGGUGAACGUGGUGAAGAUCAACAGCGCUGGCACCGUGAUCACAACGCACACGGCGCAAACGAAUACGCCGGCGCCAACGAUCAUCCAGAGCACAAACAAUCAGCAUGUAACCACAACAGCCACGUUGCCGGCAUCCACAAAGAUUGAAAUCUGCCAGGCACCAGCGCCACAGCAGCAGCAGCAGCAACAACAACAACAACAGCAGCACCAUCAGCAGCAACACCAUCAGCAGCAACAGCACCAUCAGCAGCAACAGCAGCAGCAUCAUCAGCAGCAUCAGACAACCAGCGGCAAUACGGUGCACAUACAGGCAGUUAGCCACAGCUCAGCACAGCCGCAGACCAUACAGCUGACAACGGCAAGCGGCACGGCAACGGCCACAGCUGUGCCAACAACAGCAGCCGCUGUAAGUGCAUCAGCAGCGGCGGCGGCUGCCGCAGCGCAAGCUGCACAGCAACAACAAUCGAAUGCAGCGCAAACCGUCACCGCCCAACAGAUAGCCAAUGCCCAAGUUUGCAUCGAGCCCAUAACGCUGAGCGACGUUGAUGUUCGUACUAAUCUGUCUGAACUUUACACCACACAGACUGUGUUGUCGCAAAACGCCGAUGGUACUGUAUCGCUCAUUCAGGUGGAUCCUAACAAUCCGAUCAUAACGUUACCGGAUGGCACAACGGCACAGGUACAGGGCGUGGCAACGCUGCAUCAGGGCGAAGGUGGUGCCACAAUACAAACGGUGCAAAGCCUUGCCGAUGUGAAUGGCCAUGAGAAUAUGACCGUGGAUCUAACCGAGGCGCAGGAUGGUCAAAUCUUUAUCACCACCGAGGAUGGGCAAGGAUAUCCGGUCUCAGUGAGCAAUGUCAUAUCGGUGCCCGUCUCCAUGUACCAGUCAGUGAUGGCCAACAUGCAGCAGUUACAGACGAAUAGUGAUGGCACCGUGUGCUUGGCUCCCAUGCAGGUAGAUAACAGCAACUCAUCCAACAGCUCCAAUAGCGUAACGCGCAGCAAUAGCAACAACAACAACAACAAUAACUGUAGCGUCGGCAGCGGCAGCAGCAGCACGGCUGCUGCGCCAGCUCCGCUGCUGGGCAUCUCAGUUAUCAACGCUAACGCGGUGGUGGGCCGGCGUAUCGCUGCCAGCGGCGCUAGCGUCUCAGCAGCAAUAGCACCAAAUGCCGCCCAACAGCAGCCGUUUACAUUGCAAGCAUUGCCGGGCACUCGCUUUUACUGGACCGCAAGUCCGGCAGGCGGCAGUGCUAGCAGCAGUAAUAUGAGUACCGGUGCUAGCUAUAAUCUUGCCAAUAACAAUAAUAAUAGCAUGCUUACUAAUAACAAUAAUAAUAAUAACAACAACAAUAACAACAAUAGCAUAAAAAUGCCGAUGCCCAUAGUUUUGACAGCACAAGCGACGUCGAGUACGCAGCGGCGUCAUGAAACAAACACUUCGCGAAGCGCAACAGCAGCGCAAAAGCGACGAAAGCUUACCAACAGCAGCGCAAGCGCCAGCAGCAGCAAUAAAGUUGCAAGUUUUCGCAAAAAUGCAAAGGAUGUAACGGUUGCUGCUGCUGUCGCUGCCGCAUCGAGCAGCGCUGCUGCGGCCAUACGUUGUGUAGACAGCGCCAGUCUGACAAAUGCGACCGGCGCGCAUCUGCAGCUACCAGCUAAAACCAUUAAAGAGGAGCAUUUGGAAUAAACUUACAUUAGCCACUGUAGCAACACGCACGCACACACACGCACGCACACACACACGCACGCACUUGCCACAUACAUCCCCUUCCUCAACCCAAAGCUAGCUACUAUUGCACAUAUCUAAUCUAGUCAAAGCGGCGCUGCAUGCACACACACAAACACACACACACACAAGAACCACUUGCCAUUUUUACUUACAUUUAAACAAACAAACAUAGCUGUACAUACAAACAAACACACACACACACACACACACAUGCAUACAAACAUAUAAACAAAUGCAAACAAUUGUGAAUGCCGACAAAUACCAAAAAUCAAAAAGAAAACAACAUAUUAAGCUUGCAAUAAUUUGCCUUAGUAAUCGAUAUGUAGCAUAAUUGAUAAGAAUAAAACAAAAUAUAUAUUUAACACCGUACUAACAAAAGCCCCCCACACUGAAUUUAAAGUGAGCCAAAAAUCAAACAUGUUUAAUAUUGAAACACUGAAACCAAAAA